AAAUAGAGUAGACAUGGCCACUUUCUUCAAAAAGCACAAGAGGAAAAUGGUCGGAACUGGAAUUUUGAUCGGAGGAUGCUAUGCAUGUUACAGGUACUCGAAGUACAAAUUAGAACAGCACGCAGAUCAGAAGCUACAAGAGAUGGUAGAAAUGAGCAGGAAGACGAGUAAUUUCUCGGCCAAUCAGGAGUCUUGUCUCCAAACUGUAGUCUCCUUCCUACCCAAUUUGCAGACCAUCAUCGCCAGAACUUUCGACUCCCAGCAGCUCAGAGCCAACCUGGAUGAGAACCCACGCAAAAAGAAGGAAAUCUGGGAUGAGCUGAUGAUUACUUGCGUGUGUCGCUGUGUGGCCUCCGUCUACUCAGUAGUGCUACUCUACAUGCUAGUCAGAGUACAGGUCAACAUCCUCGCAGGUGAAAUGUAUAAGAGAAGGUCAAGGUCAUCACACGCUUCGUCUGCUGAUUCACUAGUGACGUCACCGGUUGAGGCGGGAGAGGUUGAAAGUAUUACAGAUGAAAUGGCGCACAGUAGGGAGGAACGUGUCCAUGACCAGCAGUUGAGAAAAAGCUACUUGUCCGAGAUGAAACACUUCCUCACCGAUGGCCUGAAGACUCUGUUCGACAUCAUCGAGAAGACAGUCCGGCAACACCUCAACACAGUUUCCCUCAAGGACAAAAUGACACUUUCCAACGUGGAGUCUCUCAUGCGAAGCAUCAAGAACGAGGUCGACAUGAUUCUAGACGACCAGUCGUCUCUUUCGAGUGCCGAGGAUAACAGACCAGGCAGUUACACGCAGCCCUCUGGAAAGUUCACUCAUAUCCUUAUGAGACAGACUACUAAGACCCAGCCACCCGCAACCUCAAAAGCUGCCUUGGAGAUUGAAUCUGGGUCAGACCUCUCUAUCGACAAUAAAAGUGGCGACAGUGCGAAUGAAGCACCCAACUGCAGCAGGAAAACUAGCCGCAAGCAAUCAUCCAUGGUGCAGUCAUACCUCUUUUUACGCCAAAUGUCCCUUUCGAAGUAUCUAUUCCCAAAAUCAAUGCAAUCCCAACGAAACAGACGCAAACUAAACUUGUCCACUCUUUUGAAUCAUACGAGAGAAAUUCUAAACCUUACCGACUUUUCGGCGACUGUAAUCGAGUUAACCGAGAAUAGUUUGUCGUAUUUAAUACGAACGUUGGCCGAGCAUUCUGUUGUUGAUCAAGUGCAAAAAGACGGGAACGAAAAUAGUGCAAAUUUUUUCGAUGACAAUUCUAAUGUUAACAUGCCGAUGGCCAAAUGGAUUCCAGUUUUGGACGCUCAAUUGUAUACUUUAUGCCAGUACGAUCACCACAUAAACUGCCUGUUAAUGAGCAUACAUUUGAACAAAACUGUGAAACUAUUCUCCGAAAAUGUAUAUGAAGCUUUCGUUUCUGAUUAA